UUUUCUUCACGAUUUUCUAAAGUCUCCUUUCUCCUCCUCCUAGUUGUCUUUCCCCCGCGAGGGCGAGAGAGACCACGCGCAGGGGUAGAGAGAGUGUGGAAGCAGCAGCAGCCGCCGCGGCCAUGGCGAGCGCAGCCGGCGGGCGGGACCCGCUCGUCGCCUCCGAGAUCCACGGCUUCCUCACCUGCGCAGACUUGAACUUUGAGAAGUUGAUGGCGGAGGCGGCGGGGCGCUGGUUCCGGCCGAACGAGAUCUACGCGGUUCUGGCGAACCACACAAGGUUCAAGGUCCAUGCACAGCCAAUCGACAAGCCCGUGAGUGGUACUGUUGUUCUAUAUGACCGUAAAGUUGUCAGAAACUUCCGUAAAGAUGGUCAUAAUUGGAAGAAAAAGAAGGAUGGCAAGACUGUCCAAGAAGCCCAUGAAAAAUUAAAGAUUGGUAAUGAAGAAAAGGUUCAUGUCUAUUAUGCUCGAGGUGAGGAUGAUCCUAAUUUCUUCCGUAGAUGCUACUGGCUGCUUGACAAAGAGUUGGAGCGCGUAGUUCUUGUUCAUUAUCGUCAAACAUCUGAGGAAACUGCCAUACCACCUCCACAUACAGAAGCUGAAGUAGCUGAAGUGCCUCCGAUCAACAUGAUUCAUUACACCUCUCCUCUGACCUCAACAGGUUCGGCCUCUGCUCGCACUGAGCUAUCUUGCGCUGCUGCUGCACCAGAAGAAAUUAACUCACAUGGCGGCGGAGCGAUUUCUAGUGAAACUGAUGAUCAUGAUUCUAGCCUGGAGUUAUUUUGGGCAGAACUAUUGGAGUCAUCUAUGAAAAAUGAUGCUUCUGUUUGCGAUGGAUCUUUGACAUCCAAUCAGCAGACUCAAUACAGGAUGAUGGAUUCUGGAAAUAUCUUGAACACGAAUGCUACAAGUAAUGCUACCUUUUCUCCACCAGCUAAUGUAAUUUCAGAAGCUUAUGCUACUAAUCCUGGCCUCAAUCAAGUAUCCGAGAGUUACUUUGGAGCUCUUAAACAACAAGCAAACCAUUCUCCAUCUCUUUUAACUUCUGAUCCAGAUUCUCAGUCAAAGCAACUUGCAAACUCUUUGGUGAAAACUCCAGUAGAUUGUAACACUCCUAAUGAUGUGCCUGCUAGGCAGAACAGUUUUGGACUGUGGAAGUACUUGAAUGAUGAUAUUUCUUGUAUAGGGGAUAAUCCAAGCUCAUCCAUACUCACCACUCAACAAGUGACCAAUGAAAGAAUCUUUCACAUCACUGAUAUCUCCCCAGAAUGGGCUUAUUGUACAGAGGAUACGAAGGUCCUGGUGGUUGGAUACUUCCAUGAGAACUACAGGCAUCUGUCUAGUACCAAUCUCCACUGUGUAAUUGGUGACAAAUGUGUUGCCGCAGACAGUGUUCAAGCUGGCGUUUACCGUUUCUUGGCUACACCACAUACUCCUGGACAAGUGAAUCUUUAUAUGACUUUGGAUGGGAAAACACCAAUCAGCGAGGUUUUGAGUUUUGACUACCGUAUAAUGCCUGGCAGUUCAUUGAAAAGUGACCUAAGCUUGGUUGAGCAUGAGCCCAAAAAGUCAAAGCUUCAGAUGCAGAUGAGACUAGCUCGUUUUUUGUUCUCUACAAACAAGAAAAAGAUAGCACCAAAGUUCCUUGUAGAAGGUAGCAAAGUUUCCAAUCUCUUAUCAGCAUCCCCAGAGAAGGAAUGGAUGGAUCUAUUGGAAUUUGUUACUGAUCCUAAAGGCCCUUAUGUUCCUUCUACUGAGGGCUUGCUUGAACUAGUGUUGCGAAAUAGAUUGCAAGAGUGGCUUGUUGAAAAAAUAAUUGAAGGCCAUAAGUCAACAGGCCGUGAUGAUCUAGGGCAAGGACCUAUCCAUCUGUGUUCUUUCUUAGGCUAUACUUGGGCCAUUCGCUUAUUUUCUUUGUCAGGAUUUUCCUUAGAUUUUCGUGAUUCUUCUGGUUGGACAGCUCUGCACUGGGCUGCACACUAUGGGAGGGAAAAAAUGGUUGCUGCUCUUUUGUCAGCUGGAGCAAAUCCAAGCUUGGUUACAGAUCCUACUCCUGAGGUCCCUGGUGGAUACACUGCUGCUGAUCUGGCAGCAAGACAAGGUUAUGAUGGCUUAGCUGCAUAUCUUGCUGAGAAAGGGUUAACUGCUCAUUUUGAGGCCAUGUCACUGUCCAAGGAUUCUAAGCGAUCACCAUCAAGGACACGAUCAACAAAACUGCAUACUAACGAGUAUGAAAACCUUAAUGAACAAGAACUAUGCUUAAAAGAAUCUUUAGCAGCCUACCGUAAUGCUGCUGAUGCUGCCAGCAAUAUCCAAGCUGCACUCAGGGAGCGAACUCUUAAGCUUCAAACAAAAGCAAUUCAGUUGGCCAAUCCCGAGACUGAAGCAGCUGAGAUAGUUGCUGCUAUGAGGAUUCAGCAUGCAUUCCGGAACUACAACAGAAAGAAAAUGAUGAGAGCUGCUGCACGAAUACAGAGUCAUUUCCGCACAUGGAAGAUACGGAGGAACUUCAUGAACAUACGAAGACAAGCUAUCAAAAUACAAGCUGUAUACCGUGGUCACCAAGUGAGAAGGCAGUACCGCAAGGUAAUAUGGUCUGUUGGAGUCGUGGAGAAAGCAAUUCUGCGAUGGAGAAAGAAGAGAAAAGGCUUACGUGGCAUUGCAACUGGAAUGCCAGUCGCAAUGACUACAGAUGCAGAACCUGCAAGCACUGCAGAAGAGGACUACUUCCAGGUUGGCCGGCAACAAGCUGAGGACAGGUUUAAUAGAUCAGUAGUACGUGUUCAAGCUCUGUUCCGUUCAUAUCGGGCACAACUGGAGUACCGAAGGAUGAAGGUUGCUCAUGAGGAGGCCAAGGUGGAGUUCAGUCAGUAGUUACGACCGGCGGCAUCUACGCUGGAAAUGAAGUGCCUUCUAGGAUCUGAUAGUUCUUUUAAUCCUCUUCUGUUGUACAUUUGAAGGUUCAGCCGUAGUUUGCUGAUGCUGUAAUCAUAGGACUAUCUGAUGCUUUCGGUAAGUCUGGCAAUGUAUUUGCUGUUAGCCUGUUAGUUGGCGAAAGUGGCAUGUGCUUGUAGGUCUAGUUUAUGCAGAUGCAAGUGCAAAUAAGGCUGUAAAUGCUAAUAAUCAGUUCCACCUGAUUAUAUCCAGGUGAUUUUAUCCAUUGUUGCGCUUCC